AAUCACUCGGCAUUGCCAUUAGCGGUGGCGGUGAUGCUUGUCUUCGUCAUCGUCCACAUCUCGUUGAUGCGUGCUGCCGACUGCCGAGUGUCACCGAAUCCUUAAUAAAUACUCCUCCUCGCCACCUUCGUCUCCUCCUAUCCCCGAUUCGCACAGCCAAUCUCUUCUUGCUUCCUCCUCCUCCUCCUCCAGCCGCCGCCGCCGACGACGAUUCUUGGUAGAGAGAUUCUUGCGUUGUUUUACCUGCGUCUUGUUCUUCUUGGGAGUUGGGUGGAUCGAUUGAUCGAGGUUUUGGAGGUUGGAAGAAGUGUGUGUUGUGGUGGGGGGUUUGUAGAGAGAGAGAGGGCAAAGGCACGCAAAGAGGGAGAGAGUGAGGAGAGAUGGCGGCGGAGGGAGGGAGGUGUCAGAAGAGCUACUUCGACGUGCUGGGGAUUUGCUGCCCGUCGGAGGUUCCCCUCGUCGAGAAGCUUCUGCAGCCGCUGGAGGGCGUCCAGAAGGUCACCGUGAUCGUUCCCUCCAGGACGGUCAUCGUCGUCCACGACGUCGACGCCAUCUCCCAAUCCCAAAUCGUCAAGGCGCUGAAUCAGGCAAGGUUGGAGGCGUCGGUUCGGGCUUAUGGGAACGGCAGUGAGAAGAUCACCAACAAAUGGCCGAGCCCGUAUGUUCUCCUCUGCGGACUUCUUCUGGUCGUGUCGCUGUUCGAGCAUUUCUGGCACCCGCUCAAGUGGUUCGCGCUGGUGGCUGCGGCCGCCGGCUUGCCGCCGAUCGUGCUGAGGAGCAUUGCGGCCAUCCGGAGACUCACCCUGGAUGUCAACAUACUCAUGCUGAUUGCUGUUGCUGGAGCAAUAGCUCUCAAGGACUAUUCUGAGGCUGGGUUCAUCGUCUUCCUCUUCACUACAGCUGAAUGGCUUGAGACUAGGGCCAGCCACAAGGCCACCGCUGGGAUGUCAGCUCUAAUGAGCAUGGCACCACAAAAGGCUAUUCUGGCAGAGACCGGGGAGGUGGUUGCAGCCCGGGAUGUGAAGGUCAAUACAGUAAUUGCUGUCAAGGCAGGGGAAGUCAUUCCAAUCGACGGUGUUGUUGUUGAUGGACGUAGUGAGGUCGACGAGAGCACCCUCACGGGGGAGUCCUUCCCAGUGUCCAAGCAGCCAGACUCCCAGGUCUGGGCUGGCACACUCAACAUUGACGGUUACAUUGCUGUGAGGACGACUGCUAUGGCUGACAACUCCGCGGUGGCCAAAAUGGCAAGGUUGGUUGAAGAAGCACAAAACAGCAGAUCCAGUACACAGAGGCUGAUCGACACGUGUGCUAAGUAUUACACACCUGCGGUCGUUGUCAUGGCAGGAUCAGUAGCAGCAAUUCCUGCAAUAGCGAAAGCACAUAACCUUAAGCACUGGUUCCAAUUGGCUCUAGUUCUUCUAGUGAGUGCUUGUCCAUGUGCACUGGUACUGUCCACACCCAUUGCCACCUUCUGCGCGCUACUAAGGGCCGCAAGGACAGGGCUGCUCAUCAAAGGAGGAGAUGUCCUGGAAUCCUUGGCUAGCAUCAAAGUUGCAGCUUUUGACAAAACUGGUACAAUUACUAGAGGAGAGUUCAGUGUUGAGGAGUUCCAGCCAGUUGGUGAACGUGUUUCAUUGCAACAACUUCUUUACUGGGUCUCGAGCGUUGAGAGCAGAUCAAGUCACCCCAUGGCAUCUGUCCUGGUUGAUUAUGCUCAAUCAAAGUCUGUGGAACCAAAAUCAGAGAAUGUUAGUGAAUUCCAAAUAUAUCCUGGUGAGGGGAUUUAUGGUGAAAUCGACGGAGCAGGCAUAUAUAUUGGGAACAAAAGAAUUUUGUCAAGAGCUUCAUGCGAAACAGUUCCGGACAUGAAAGAUAUGAAAGGAGUUACCAUUGGAUAUGUGGCAUGUAACAAUGAAUUGAUUGGAGUAUUCACUCUAUCGGAUGCCUGCCGAACUGGAUCAGCUGAGGCCAUCAAGGAACUGAGAUCACUGGGCAUUAAGUCAGUGAUGCUUACAGGUGAUAGUAGCGCUGCUGCCACAUAUGCACAGAAUCAGCUGGGAAAUAUCCUUGCUGAGGUUCAUGCUGAACUUCUUCCAGAGGACAAAGUGAGAAUUGUUGGUGAACUCAAGGAAAAAGAUGGCCCUACGCUGAUGGUUGGUGAUGGCAUGAAUGAUGCCCCGGCAUUGGCUAAAGCUGAUGUUGGAGUCUCUAUGGGUGUAUCUGGUUCAGCUGUUGCAAUGGAGACAAGCCACGUUGCUCUGAUGUCAAAUGACAUCCGCAGGAUUCCAAAGGCUGUCCGGCUGGCAAGGAGGACGCAUCGGACAAUCAUCGUGAACAUCAUAUUCUCGGUGAUUACGAAGCUUGCAAUCGUUGGGCUUGCAUUUGCCGGACAUCCACUUAUCUGGGCAGCCGUCCUUGCAGAUGUUGGCACAUGCUUGCUGGUGAUCAUGUACAGCAUGCUGUUGCUGAGAGAGAAGGACAGUCGAAAGGCGAAGAAAUGUGCUGCUUCUCAUCACGGAUCUCCAAAGAAGUGCUGUUCUUCUUCUCAUCAUGGAUCUCAUGCAAAGAAAAAUCAUGGCGUUUCCCACCAUUGUUCGGAUGGUCCGUGCAAAUCAAUGGUCAGUUGCAAAGAAUCAUCAGUUGCAAAGAAUGCUUGUCAUGAUCACCACCAUGAGCAUAACCAUCACGAAGAGCCAGCCCACAAGCAUUCUUCGAACCAGCAUGGUUGCCAUGAUCACAGCCAUGGCCAUAGCAACUGCAAAGAGCCAAGCAACCAGCUGAUUACAAACAAGCAUGCUUGCCAUGAUGGUCAUAACCACUGCGCAGAUACGAGCAAUCUGCACGACACCAAGAAGCAUGACUGCCAUGGCCAUGAGCAUAGCACCUGCAAAGAAGAACUCAACGCUUUGCCUCCCACCAAUGACCAUGCUUGCCAUGGCCAUGAACAUAGCCACUGUGAAGAACCCGUUGCUCUGCACUCUACCGGCGAACAUGCUUGCCAUGAGCAUGAGCAUGAGCAUAUCCACUGUGACGAGCCAAUCGGCUCGCAUUGCGCUGAUAAGCAUGCUUGCCAUGACCAUGAACAGGUUCAUGAGCAUCAUUGCUGUGAUGAACAGCAAACUCCGCACACCGCAGAUUUGCACCCCUGCCAUGACCAUGACCAUGACAACCUGGAGGUCGAGGAAGUAAAGGACUGCCAUGCUGAACCACCUCACCACCACAACCAUUGCUGCCAUGAACCUCAUGAUCAGGUCAAGAAUGAUACUCAUCCAGUCCAGGAGCACUCGAUCUCGAUCGAAGAAUCAUCAGACCACCAUGAGCAUCACCACAACGAAGAACACAAAGCCGAAGAUUGCGGACAUCAUCCGAAGCCGAAAGAUUGUGCUCCACCUCCAACUGACUGCAUCAGCAGAAACUGUUGCAGCAAUACCAGCAAAGGUAAAGACAUUUGCUCGAGCUUGCACAGGGAUCAUCAUACCAGCCAGGCCAGCCGGUGCUGCAGGAGCUAUGUGAAAUGCUCCAGGCCCAGCAGGAGUUGCUGCAGCCACAGCAUAGUGAAGCUGCCUGAGAUCGUAGUGGAGUAGUAGGAAAUUCAGCAAUGUCUGCACAUAUCAUCAGAAAAUAUAGCAACCUCGUCAUCGGCGAAAUGUAGAAAAAGCCGAUGCUGCUAUGCGUUUGAUCUUUUUUUUUUUAGUCGUGCUGCUUUUGCUUCAGCUAAAGAAAAAAAUGUUGUUUGUAGAGGUGUCUGGUUUUGAGACGAAGCAGGUGUUUGAAUCAUGAAAUGUAUAAGCCUGCUUUGUGGUUUUCUUUCCCGGUUGUGAUCGAGGCAUCAUCUCCUGUAAGAAUCUGAGAAGGUGCAUGAAAUCUGCCAUUUCUGGGAGCGGGAGGACUAGCUGGUGCUGGGAUUAACUUGCUUCCAAAAACUCUUUAGAUUUUGAAACA